CUAGUCGUCGUUUAUGGAACCGUCGGUUCUGGUAUUUCGCUUGUUGAUCCUUGUUGGUCUGAUUCGUCGAUUUGUGGUGUUGGUAUCCGCGGCAUCUUCUUAGGUAUCAUUGCUGAAGUUUCAGUGUUUGGCCUUGUUAGUCUUCGUUGGUGU